AUGCAGCAGCUCUCGCGCGCCGCGCGCUUGAUCCUGAUCGGGGCCCCGGGGGUGGGCAAAGGCACCCAGACCGAACGGAUGAUGAAGCGCUACCCCCAGCUCUCCUCAAUCAGCUCCGGAGACCUCUUGCGGAAGAAUGUGAGGGAUCGCACACCGCUGGGCAUUGCCGCCGAAGCCAAGAUGAAAGCGGGCGUGUUGGUGCCGGACACGAUGAUACUCCGCCUGAUCAUCAACGAACUCACGAAUCGCGGAUGGCUCACGUCGGACGCUAUCAGGCCUUACAUGGUCAGCUAUGCUUCCGAGGCUAUGCCCAACGCCGCUGGAGUAGACGAAAUAGUCAUGCCGUCUGAUUCGCGGGCGUCAGGAUAUGAAUACUCAGAUGAGCCGUCCGCAUCAUUUAUACUGGAUGGCUUUCCGCGGACCGCAACCCAGGCCUCACAGGUCGACAGGCUGUUCCCAGUCAAUUUCGUCGUCAACAUCAGUACGCCGGCCGAAGUCAUCAUGGACCGUAUCUGCAAUCGAUGGGUGCACGAGCCUUCCGGCCGAGUCUACAACACGACAUUCAAUCCACCGAAAGUCGCCGGCAAGGACGAUGUAACUGGUGAUCAGCUUACACGAAGACACGACGACAAUCCGGAAGUCUGGAAAGCCCGGCUUAAAGGUUUCGAGGAGACGAGCUUGCCAUUGUUGGAACACUACGACAAGCUCGGCGUGCUGUGGACGGUCAAGGGGAACAGCAGCGAUGAGAUUAGUCCGAAGCUCUUCCGUGAGUUUGAGAGGCGGUUCGCGGCGUCGAGUUAG